UACUGGAAAUUUCUAAUUACUUUACCAGUAGUAGUGUUAGGGUUUAAUUAUAAAUGAGAGAAAGUAGCAAUAAAAUUGUCUCUUCUGAUUGAUCUUUUAGGAACUCCUUUCUAAGAAGAGAUGAAGAAAAAUAAUAAUAUUUCAAAUGUGGGGGAUGAAGAGCAUGAAGACAUUGAAGGUGAAGAAAAUAGAGUGUAUCCUCAUUCUGUUGUCAUUCCAUAUGAAGAAGCUGAUAAAUGCCCAAUAUGUCUUUCCUGCAUGUUAAAGAAAGAAGUUGCUUUUCCUGAAAACUGUAAUCAUAUUUUCUGCAUUACCUGCAUUCUUAAAUGGGCAGAGACUCUGCCUUCAUGUCCAAUUGAUCGAAAACCUUUUCAGUCAGUAUAUAAAUUCAGUGCAUUGGAAGGUUGUGUUAAGGUUCGAAUAGAGAGAAAUUUAAGAGAAACAGAUGAUAAGAAAAAUGAAAGCUCCUUUAAGAAGCAGGAUUCCUGUUCUGUAUAUAUUAAAAGCUGUAUGAGAAAAAAAGCAGAUGUAAAAAGAAAUCUGUUAAGUGCAAAGUUGUAUAAAGAUUUGAAGAAAAUGCAUAGAAACACUUCAAACAAUGAAAUAUGGAAAAGGAAAGCCACAUCAAUUGAGAUAAAUAAGCCUCAAAGACAGAACUGCCCAAAUCACUGCUUCCGAAAUUAUUUUUCCAGUGUAUUUUCUUCUGAUAAUCACACUGGAGAAUCUUCUUGUUCCUUUAGAAGUCAUUGUACAGGAUUUACAGAACUCGCUGAAAUUAAUUCAGUGCUUAGGCAAAAGAGACAGGAACUGCAAUUGUCAUGGUUCCCUGAUACAUUACCUGGAAUUGCAAGAAUUGGUUUCAUUCCAUGGAUGGCGGGAGCUGAAAUCCUUCCUCUUGUUUCCUCUUUGUUGCCAGGAACAAUUUUUCCAAUGAAUACUAUUUCUUUGGAAGAUUUUGGAUCAUCUUGCAAGGAACAUGUGCUAGCCCACACACAAGGGGGAGAGGAGAAAAAGCAAACUUCUGGCACAUCAAAUAGUAGAGGAACAAGGAGAAAACCUGCAGAAACAACUCCUAGGAGAAGAUCUACACGCAAUAUGAAAACUGAAACUGUCAGUCAGCCCCAGAAUUCCCCGAUUUCAAAUAACUCUGAGUGUGAUGCCCCCGAUAGCAAUAAUUCAUCUAUAAAUGUUUCCACUUCAGCAGAUUCAAAGAGGCAGAAUAAAUCAGUGACCAAAAGAAAGCCUAAGAGAAGAACUAGAAAGGCACCUGUAGUUAAAAAGAAGCUUCGAAGUUCAUCAUCUCUCCCUGAAAAGUCAUCUUCUAGUGAUUCAGCAGAUGAAGAAGUUGUAGAGUCUGAUACAUUCCCUCUGUUGGAUAAAGAAUCUAUCUCAAAUAUAGAAAGUUGCAACUCUUGUGACAUUGUGCAAACAGAUAUAGAACAAGACUCUACUAAUGCUUUGGAAAGUUUUAUUGAACAUACAAACAGUGAGGAACUUAAAGAAAAUUGUGAAAAAGAACUAGAUACUGUAGAGAAGUUACAUUCUGAUUCCUGUAACCAAGAACCUGCUGUGGUAGUUGAAGAAGAAAUUAAGGAAAUGGAAAGCAAGUGUACCGAUGCUGAUAUUUUGUAUUUAGAAAAUGAACAUUCUAAGAACAUUACUGAGAAACUAAAUGAACCAAUAGAAACUCACAUUAAAGCACCUGAACCUCUAGAAGUUGAGGUAAAUGCAAGUGCACCCAUAGAAAGUCAUCAGAAUGAAUUGCUUGCACAUUCAAAAUCUGAGGAUGAUGUGCAGCAGCUUAGUGAUAGUCUCAGAGAUGAAUUAUGUGAGAAUACAGAAUCAGAAGUAAAUGAAGAUCAAUAUAGAGAAAGUCUUCAAGUGAAUACUCUUGACCAUAUUGAUUCUGAGAUAAAAAUACCACAUGUAGAGAGUUCUGAGGCCGAGUCCCUUAAGUGUGAAGAAACAUUACCAUCGGAAGAUCUUACUCCUCAGAGCCCAAAAGUUGAAUUACUUGAUCAUACAGAAUUUGUUGAACUGGAGUGUCCUGGAAAUGAAGAAAGCACAACAGUUUGUUCAAAUAAUGAAAAUUUUAAAAGUGUUGAAGAUAGUAACAGUUUGUUAAAAGAUAUUCUUCCAUCAAAUAAUGAUAAAUUAGACAAGUCUUUAGAAGAAAAGUCUGAAUUUCUUAGUGCAGAGAAUAAAAAUACAGAAUUGUCUAACUUAGAUACUGAACAGCUUCCCAAACAUUUUAAUGAAGACAAUAAUGAAACAAUACCUAUGGAAUGUGACUCAUUUUGUAGUGACCAAAAUGAAUCUGAAAGUGAAUUAACUGUCAGUGCUGAAAUCAAACUGGAGGAAACUUCUCAAGAUAAUACACAAGAUUCUGAUCUUGUAAGUGAAAAGAAUGCAAAGCUUACUCAUGAGGCUGAAAAUUCGGUAGUUUCAGUAGAUAAGGCUAAAAAACCUCGAACUAGAAGAUCUAGAUUUCAUUCUCCAUCUACAACAUGGUCUCCUAGCAAAGACAUUGUACGAGAAAGGAAACGGUCUCAGUCUCGGUCUCCUAAAAAAGACAGUGGAAAAGAACGCAGAAAAUCUCAUUCACAAUCUCCUAAAAUGGAAAUUACCCGAGGUCGGAGGCGAUCUCGGUCUCAAUCUAGAUCUCCAAAGAGGGAUGUUGCAAGAGAGAGGAAACGAUCUCAGUCUUGGUCUCCAAAAAGAGAGGAAGGUAGGAAGUCUCAGUCCCUUUCUCCUAAGAGAGACACUUCAAGAGAAAGCAGACGAUCUCAAUCAAGAACAAAAGAUUCCCCCUCAAGGGAGAAAUCUAGGUCUCGAAGUAGAGAUAGAGAAAAUGAUAGAGAUGGGCAAAGAAGAGAUCGUGUUAGGGAAAGAAGGGCCAGAAGGUGGUCUAGGUCCAGAUCUCGUUCUCGAUCGUGUUCAAGAUCUAGAACAAAAAGUAAUAAGCCAUCCUUCAGUAGAAAUGACAGAGACAGCUACUCUCCUCGGUGGAAGGAAAGAUGGACAAAUGAUAACUGGAGGUUUCCCAGGGGAAAUGAUAGGUACAGAAAAAAUGAACAAGACAAACAGAAUGAAAAUUUGAAAAAAGAAAAAAACGAGGUUAAUCCAGAUACUGAUGAACAGUGUUCUGCUGACAAAAAUAGAAAUGAUUGCCCAGAUUGGAUAACUGAAAGAAUAAAUUCUGGUCCUGACCCAAGGACUAGGCAUACAGAGAAAUUUAAAGAUUCUCAUUGGGAAGAAAAUAGACAUGAUAAUUCAGGGAAAUCUUGGAAUAAAAACUUCGGUUCCAGUUGGAUAUCAAACCGGGGCAGAGGCAACCGAGGCAGAGGCACCUUCAGAACAAGUUUUGGACAUGCUGAACAGAAUGAGAAUAGAUGGCAAAAUAGAAAACCCCUCUCAGGAAAUUCAAAUAGUUCAGGGAAUGAGUCAUCAAAGUUUGUUGAACAGCAACCCUAUAGGCGUAAAAGUGAACAAGAAUUUUCAUUUGAUACCCCUGCUGAUAGGUCAGGUUGGACUUCUGCAUCUAGUUGGGCUGUAAGAAAAACUUUGCCUGCUGAUGUACAGAAUUACUAUUCAAGAAGAGGGAGGAAUUCCUCAGGCCCACAGUCUGGAUGGAUGAGGCAAGAAGAGGAAACAUCUGAUCAAGAUCAAAACCUCAAAGACCAAACCAACCAACAAGGUGAUGGUACUCAGCUUCCUAUAACUAUGAUGCCGCAACAAAUGAAUGUAAUGCAACAACAAAUGAAUGCACACCACCAAACUAUGAAUAUCUUCCCAUAUCCAGUGGGUGUUCAUGCUCCCUUGAUGAACAUCCAACGUAAUCCAUUUAACAUUCAUCCUCAGCUACCCAUGCAUCUCCAUACAGGAGUGCCUCUCAUGCAGGUAGCUGCUCCUACCAAUGUGUCUCAGGGAUUACCACCACCACCACCCCCUCCCCCGCCAUCCCAACAAGUCAACUACAUUGCUUCACAGCCAGAUGGAAAGCAAUCACAGGGUAUUCCUAGUGCUUCUCAUGUAGGUAAUAAUACAAGUACACCAGUCUUGCCUACUCAAACAGCAAACCCUGGAAAUAUGGGACCAUUUCAGGGACCAAGUUCUGGUAAUGCUUCAUCAUCAAGUCACAGCAAAGCUCCUAAUGCUGGUGUAAAAUUGGCAGAAAGCAAAGUAAGUGUUACAGUGGAAGCCAGCGCAGAUAGCUCGAAGACAGACAAGAAAUUGCAAAUUCAAGAAAAAGCAGCACAGGAGGUAAAAUUAGCCAUUAAGCCAUUUUACCAAAAUAAAGAUAUUACCAAGGAAGAAUAUAAAGAGAUCGUGCGGAAGGCAGUAGAUAAAGUUUGUCAUAGUAAGAGUGGAGAAGUGAAUUCUGCUAAAGUGGCAAAUCUGGUUAAAGCCUAUGUAGACAAAUACAAACAUUCACGGAAGGGAAGCCAAAAGAAAAACCCAGAAGAACCUGCUUCGACUGAAAAAAAAAUAGGGUGAAAUAAGAAGAGUUAAGAACACUAUCAAGAUUAUCUGCAAAGUGCAAUUUCAACAUAUACCAUUAACUGAAAAUUAUACACAACUGUGAUUGAAAUUUGGUUUUGAUAAAAAUUUUUUUUUUUCAAUGUAGGAUAUGAUGGUUUGUUCUAAAUGAAUAGAGUUCUGCAUUGCAACUUCUUUAUCUCUUUUUUCAAAAACAAGUUGAAAGGAAAGUGAAAGAUUUGAAAGAGUGAAUUUUAAUUAGGAAAAGUGCUAGAGUGUGGAUACCAGAAUAUGUAUAGCAUUUUGACUUGAAUAGUGGAGUGCAUAAAUUAGAAACAAGUACAUUGAUUUUGGAAGAGGGAUGUACAUGUAGGCGAUAAGCCUAAACAUAUUAAGGUAGGAUUCUCUUCCUUAUGUCUAUCCCCCUUUAAUUGUGGUAAAAGUUAAAAUAAUGUAUUGCCAUGGUUAAUAUUUCUAAUAUUAAGUAGACAGAGACUGAUUGCUGGAUUCAUUGUAUGUUCUUUGAAACAUAUAUACAUAGACACACACAUACACACACACACACUUUUUUAAAGCACAUAACUGUCAAAACAAAGAAAAUCAUAGAAAACAGUACUAUUAAACUCCACAACUUUUGGAAUACUAUUCAACACCAAAUAAAGAUUUUGCUGCUUGUUUUUAUUUUGUGCUCUCCCCCACUCCCAUUACUUUUGAGUUAUUAGUAUGACAUUGCCUAACUAUUUUGACAUUAUUAGAAUUUUGGCAGUCUCUAUAGUCUCUGGCUGCACUUGGAAGGACAAUCCAGAGAACACUUUAGAAAUCAUGCACUCUUUAUUCAUAUCUUCUGUUGGCCAGAGACAGCAUAUUGUAUUACCAGAAAUGUCGUUAUGUAUAAGAUUUUUGUGUUGAUAUUUUACUUGCAAAUAGGGAAUAACAAAUUUAUUUUUUGAUAACGUGGCUUACACAGGUCAAGAAAAAUGGUAUUGUCAUUCAUGUGGAAUUUUCAAAGCAUUUCACGGUGAGUGAAAUACUUAGAUAUGUAAAAUCCAAAUAUGAAAAUUUGUUUUGCAGGAAGAAAAGAGAGUGAUAAGAGUUGAGAGCUGUUGUCUUAAAAUAUGCUAUGAAACAUGCUGAUUUGGAAAUAGGGCUUAAAGACUAGUUUCCUUUCUAUAAAGGACAAUACUGGUAAGGUAUAAAAUCUUCCACCACUUCCAUCCAGGAACAGCUUUGGUUAAAAAUUAAACAAUAAAUAGUAUUUAGACAAACGAUCCUAUAUUCCAAGGCAAUAUUGUAUUUCAUUGAGUCAAAUUUGAUCCUUUUAUUUGCUAAAUUUUUCAGCUUGAGCAAUACUGUUUAUUACUAUGCUGUCUUAGAGUAAAGGUUUUUCAUUUCUUCAAUUUUAGGUGAACAGUAUGUGCCUGGUUCUAGCUUUGGUAGGCACAGUUAUUUGAAAUCUUAGUACCUAAUUAAUUCUAUAUCACCCUUGUCAGACUUUAAUAGGAAAGUUCUGAGGCAUUGAAAAAUAAUGACCUUUGCAUUACUUUUUUGGAUAGCUUUAUUUUGUCAUUUUUCUGAUUUUUGGGGGGUUUAGUUUUAUUUAAAACCUUAUCAUAGCUAAAAUCUAAUAGGAUGUGGAGUUUGAUAAUGAUUUUUCUCUUCCCUAAAGCACACUCAAACCAUGUCUUAAGAUUCGCACAGUACCCUUCCCUUCCCUCCCCCCAUUCAGUUUUCACUUGUGGCAGCAGUUGUGUGAACUUUCAAUCUAUUUUGAACUAAAACUGGUUAGCACUUUGAAGAAAUUUGUAGCAAAUUGCUAUGCCUAUGCUGAUUAAUCACACGCUGUGCGUAUUUUCCUGCAUUUUCCUUCGAGGAGUUUGUGGAGUUGUUUAUAUAACAUUUUUCCUCUCUUGCUUUAUAUAUUUGAGUCUUCAUUGCCAGACAACUCUUGCAAACCUGUAAAAGGGCUUAACAGAAUGGCAGGUAUGGUAAGGAUAUAAAAUCUUAGGGUUAAAGUAGAAGAUUUUUAUGUUUUUUAUUUUUGUACCCAGCUGGGAAAUAAUAAAGGUUAGCUGCCACUUCUGGUUGGGACAAGUGGUUGCAUUAGAGCUCUGCUGUAUCUGUAAUUCCUAAUUAAGAACAACUUAUAGAUUAGAAAGCGAUGAGUAAGCUUUUUCUUGUUUUCUUGGAAAUAUUUAAGAAUUUAUCAGAAAAUGCAUGAUGUAUAUUUUUAACAAAAUAUAUUGCCUUAUGUGCCCUUGUUUUCCCAGAAAUUUAAAUUUACUUUGCACAUGUCUGAUGUGCUUUCUCUGUUACUAUCACUAAUUAGUUCCCGAUUCAUUUUAGUAUUAAGACUCCAAUUUUAUAAUUUUGGAUCUAAAUACAACAAAAUGUUAUUAUUAACAAGUGUUCAUGGCCAAAAAAAGUUCCCAAGAUUUUGAAGAAAGUUAUUUUUAGAAACUAAAGAUAUAGUGACCAUUAAGUUUUGAAAUUAUAAAGAUUUUGUGAACCUUUCUGCUAAUAACUGAGUUUCUCCCUUACAUUCUUUGAAAUAAUCACUGUGCCUGCUGCUUGAAUGUAUGGUUAGGAGCACAGUGGCUGCCCCAGGGUCUGUGUUAAGUUGUUUGUAGUGUAAGGCUGGAGUGCUGCCUACUAAAACAGUACUAUCUUAAACAAAUUAUGUAGUGUAUAAUAUUUUCUAAUAAAUUCUUUUGACUAAAA